AUGGAAAAAAUUGACAUUGAGUUUUUGAGCAAUUUAUUUGAAAUGAAUAAUAUUAUGGAAGGAAAGAGCUUGAAAAAACUAAUUGAGAUAGGAGGAGAUUAAGGUUUAUUGACAGCAUUUUAAUCAAAUGUUAAUGUAUAAAUUUUGAUUUAUAACAGAAUGGAGUAGAUUCAAACGAAAAUGUUUUGAGACUGCGAUAAUUAUAUGGAGCAAAUUUACCUGUUGAAAAAGAAUUAUCGUCAAUAUUUUCUAUGAUUAUAGAGUGUUUUGGAGACACGAUGUUAUAAAUAUUAUUAGUAGCUUCAUUGGUUUCAACUGGAAUAGGAAUAUAUAAAGAAGGGAUUGAGACUGGAUGGAGUGAAGGAGCUACAAUAUUUUUUGCAGUAUUUUUAAUAGUUUCAAUUACUGUAGGGAACAAUUAUGUAAAAGAAAGAUAAUUUCAAAAAUUAUAUCACAAAUUGGAUGAAUCAAAGUAAUAAGUGAUUAGAAAUUCAAAAGUUUAAUAAAUAGACAGUAAAGAAUUAGUUGUGGGAGAUAUUCUAUUUUUUAAUAUAGGAGAUUUGCUUUAAGUAGAUGGAUUAAUGGUAUCAGGAUCAGAAGUAAAAAUGGAUGAAUCAACAGUAACAGGAGAAUCAGAUUCAAUAAGAAAAUUGCCAUAUAAUGAGAUAACUGAAUAUUUAAUGAUGAAAUCAAGUUAAUCUUAAUAAAUGAAGAAUAGCAAUUAAUUAAAGAAAUAAUUAAAGAAUGCCUCUCCAUUUAUGAUAUCAGGAACAAAAGUAAUGGAUGGAACAGGAACUAUGUUAGUAUUAACAGUUGGAUAAAAUACUUGUGCUGGAAAAACUAAGUUAUUAUUAGACUAAGAAACUCCACCUACUCCUUUAUAAUAGAAAUUAGAAGGUUUAGCUGAAGAUAUUGGUAAAUUUGGUACAUUUGUUGCAAUAAUAACAUUUUUUGCUUUGACAAUACAUUAAUUAAUAUUAGGAUUUAUGGGUUAUAAUAAAAUAUUGAGUAUAGAAACAGUAUAAUUCAUUAUAAAAUCAUUUAUGAUAGGAGUAACAAUUAUAGUGGUAGCAGUUCCAGAAGGAUUACCUUUAGCUGUUACAAUAGCAUUAGCAUAUUCAGUUAAUAAAAUGAAAGAUGAAAAUAAUUUAGUUAAAAAUUUAGCAUCCUGUGAAACUAUGGGAGGAGCUAAUACAAUUUGCAGUGAUAAAACAGGAACAUUAACAUAAAAUAAAAUGACUGUAACUGGAUUAUGGAUAGAAAAUGAUAUUUUUAUGAAUUAAGCUAUUUAUGAUAAAAAAGAUGCUUAAAUACCAAAAUAAAUGUAAGAAUUAUUAGCUGAAAGUGUUACAUUUAAUUCAACCGCUUACCCAACAAAAACUGACUCAGGAAAUUUUAUCUAAACUGGUAAUAAAACUGAAUGUGCUUUACUUGAAUUAACAGAUAAGUUUGGAUAUAGUAUUUCUUUAUUCAGACCAACAGAUAAGAUUGUCAAAAUCUUACCUUUCAGUAGUAGAAGAAAGAAGAUGGCAACUGUUAUUUAUUACAAAGGAUUCUUAAGAGUAUUUGUUAAAGGGGCUUCAGAAAUCAUUUUAAAUUAAUCUUCUAAAUUAAUUGCAAAAGGAUAAGAACAUUUUUUAGAUGAAAAUAAAAAGAAAUAAAUAAAAUAAGAUGUUAUAGAUAGGUUUGCAUCAAGAUCAUUAAGAACAAUUGCAAUUGCUUAUAAGGAUACAACAUAUAAAGGAACAUAACAUCAAUUAAAAGAAUUAGCAUUUAAUUUAAGUGAAGAAGAAUUAGAAAAAGAUUUAGUUCUUAUUGCAAUUGCAGGAAUUAAAGAUCCAAUAAGAAAAGAUGUUCCUAAUUCUAUUAAAUAAUGCAAUAAAGCUGGAAUCUAAGUUAGAAUGCUCACAGGAGAUAAUACUUUAACUGCAAUAGCAAUUGCAAAAGAAAGUGGAAUCUUAUCAUCUGCAUAACCUCGAGAAUAUGAAUGUAUGGAAGGAAAAGAUUUUAGAGAAAGUAUUGGAGGCUUAGUGACUUCUUAAGUAGAUGGAAAAAAAAUCUUAAGAAUUGCAAAUUAAGAAAUAUUUAAUAAAAUUAGUAAAUAAUUAAAAGUACUUGCCAGAGCUACUCCAGAAGAUAAGUUUAUGUUAGUUACAGGUUUAAUAGAUUAAGGAAAUAUAGUAGCAGUUACUGGAGAUGGUACAAAUGAUGCUCCAGCAUUAAAAAAAGCAGAUGUAGGAUUUGCUAUGGGAGAAUCAGGUUCUGAUGUUGCUAAAGAUGCUGCUGAUAUUAUAUUAGUAGAUGAUAAUUUUAGUAGUAUUAUUACAGGUAAAUUUUUAUCUUAUUUAUUUAAGCCAUUAGAUGGGGAAGAAAUAUUUAUGAUUGCAUUAGAAAGUUCAUUCAAUUCUAAUUGACUGUUAAUAUUGUUGCUCUUUUUAUGGCUUUUCUAGGAGCUGUCAUUCUAAAUUAAUCUCCUCUUAAUACUAUUUAAAUGCUUUGGGUUAAUCUCAUUAUGGAUACUUUUGCAUCUUUAGCUUUAGCAACUGAACCUCCUAGUUCUUCACUUUUGGACAGACAACCUUACAAAAGAACUUAGCCGAUAGUUUCAGCUUAUAUGUAUAGAACUAUUUGUUGUCAAAGUCUCUAUUAAUUGGCUGUUCUUAAUUGUAUUUUAUUUCUUUAUCCCUCUGAUGAGGUAUCACUUAUAUCAAUAUUUUUAGUUGACAAAACUCAGUGUAUUUUUUUAAACCUUUGUACUUAUGUAGGUUUUCAAUUCUAUUACUUGUAGGUAACUUGAUUAUCAAUCUCUUAAUCCAUUUAAUAAUUUAUUCAAUAAUGGUAUGUUUUGGCUGAUUUAAUUGCUUACAGUUUCCAUACAGUUUGCGUUGCUAUAAUUUGCUGCUAGUUAUGUUAAAGUCAGAUAAUUAACAAUAAUAGAACAUUCAAUAUGUUUAGGAUUUGGUGUUUUUGGAAUUCUUGCAGGAAUAGUAUUUAAAUUGAUUCCUGAAGAAUGUUGGAGAAAAGUACAUCUUUUUAAAGAAACAGAAAUAGCUGAGGAGAAUAUGGAUGCAACACUAACAAGCUAGUUAAGAAGAAAAUCUUCAUAAAGAUUGCAUUCAAAAGUAAUGAUCAAUGUUAAAAGUGGAGAACAUAAAUGAGAAUUAUCAAU